CACAUUCCAGCUGUUAAGAGACUAACUAAGUCCACAGACCCUGCAGAGUUCAGUGAUUUGAGAAUACAGCACACAACACAGUAGUGCUAGGAAAUGCCAUGGAAUUGACUCCUAGGAGGAUAAUGAAAGUUUAUCAUUGGUAAGAACUCUUCUAUCAACGUGUGCUGAGCAGAUUCGUCUUCAAUCCGAAGGAAGGAGUAGACAAUCCAGCGAUGGUCAUUUCUGAAGAUGUGGAGAAGAUUAGUGGCCCCUUGCCUCGGGUGUGUGUGCUGAAAAGAGAAGAAGGAGAGUCUUUCGGCUUCCAUCUGCGUUUGGAGAAAGGACAUCCAGGUCAUGUUAUCAGGCAGGUGGAAUUAAUGGGAGUGGCUGAGAAGAGUGGACUGAGAGAUGGGGAUCGACUUCUGGAGGUCAAUGAAAAGUUUGUGGACGACGUUGAGCAUAUGGAGGUUGCCCGCAUGAUCCAGAUGAGUGGGCCUCAGCUCUGCCUCCUGUUGCUGAGCAGUGAUGAAUACGAGCAGGCCGUGGCUCAGGGCUGGAACUUGAAGGAACUGUGUAAAGCUCAGCGUGGUGAUGAUUGGAAUCCACCUCGGCUCUGCCACAUCGUCAGAAACCCUGCGAGCGGCCUGGGCUUUAGCAUCCAUCCUGUGGAGGGUGAGAAAGGAAAGCUCUCUAUAAGUCUAAUAACCGGAGGCCCUGGUGAGAAGGCAGGACUGAGAAAAGGAGACCGGCUCGUUUGGAUCAAUGGUGCCAUGGCUUGUGAACUCAUGCAUUCUGCUAUUAACAAGAUGGUGAAGAAAUGCAAUGAUCACAUGACUGUGCUGGUGAUCGACAGCAAGAGUGAGAAGAGCUACAUCCGUAGGAAGAUAACCAUUUUGCCAGUCAUGGCUGAUGCCCAGAGCAUGCCAUACAAACCCAAAAGAGUACAUCUGAAACAGGGGCCAGAUGGCUAUGGCUUCCUGCUUAGGCAUGAAAAACUGUCAACAGGACGCAAAGUUCAUAUGGUGCGAGAGGUGGAUGCUGGCAGUCCUGCAGAAGAGGCAGAUAUUAAGGAUGGAGAGAUCCUGGUGGAGGUGAACGGGGAGGCUCUUGAUCAUUUGUCUCAUGAGGAAGUUGUCGGCAAAGUCAGAGAGAGUGGAAAGCAAGUCAGCUUCACCACUAUGACCCUAGAAGGCCUAGAUUUCUACACAAAGCUGGGUCUUUCUCCCCUGCUGUUCUGUGAAGAUCAUACCCCUGAGAAGAAGCAACAGGAAAAGUCGACUCCACAGGAACAAAGUCCAGCAGCUCUGAAGCUGGUAGAAUCCUCAGCUGAAGCCCAGGAGGAGCUGGAAAUAGAGUCCAAACCAAGACUGUGUGUGCUACAGAGAAGCCCCGCGGGAUUCGGCUUCCAUUUGGGUUGGGUCCAACAGAAACCUGGCACAUUUAUCAACCAGGUGGCACCCGGAGGUCCAGGAGAAAGUUCUGGCCUCAAGCAGGGUGACGUCCUGAUGGAGGUGAAUGGACAGAACGUAGAGGAGGAGUGUUUAGAAGAUGUGAUUUUACUCAUGAAGAAAGGAGGCAGCUCUCUCUCCUUGCUAGUGAUGGACAGACCGGGUUAUGAGUGGAUGAAAAAGACCGGAAAGCCCAUCACUGCUGAAAAAGUAGCUGCUGAGGAGGAACAGGACCAUGAGAGCUCAUCUCCCACACAGCAGUCUAAUCCCAGCGAGUAACGCAAGUUCCUUCCUGAGGGUUCGAGAGAAUGCACUCGGAUCCAUGGAACAACAAUGCUGGGAAACGUGUAACAUCAUUGGGGUGGAAUUUUAGAUGAAUUCCCUUGAAUAAAUCUUGGCACUAUUUGUCAGCAUGCUUAUACAUAUUACUUCUUUUCUUUUCUGCCAUGAUUUUAAAUAACAUAUGCACACUACUUUUUGUUAUCAAUACAAAACAGUGUUGCUCAGUUCACCACAAUGGAACUCUUCCUGGCAAAACAACACUUACAAAAUCGAUCCAAUGCAUAGGCACUACUUAUGCUUCAUUCUAUCGUGUCUUACUUUCAGUUUGCAUAGGAUUUGUGAAAAACGAUUUCAUUUCAAUUGCUGCUAUUCCUGACUGAACCAAUAAAGGUUAUAUUUUGUCUACACAGUGCAUUCCAGCACCGGGAUUUCUUGCAGUUACAAAUCCAAACACAUCAUUUUCAUACACAAAGUGCAUUUCGUUUUGUUCUAACAUUCCAUACGUUCGAUUAAAGAUGAGCAGUUAAAGAAAUCCUUCAUGUCAUGCCCUAUGUGAGAGUGUGUGUGUGCAUGAUGCCCGGGAAUGGACUACCUUCCCAUCAAGGGUUUAUUCCUGUUUCAUCCCCAGUGAUCCUGGGACAGACUCCAGAUGCCAAGACCUUUAUUUUUGCACUUCUGUGUGGAUUUUUUAUUAUUUUUUUUAUAAACAAUGAUUGUAAUUUACCUUUAACACAUUUUAAUACACUUAUAACCAUAGCUUUCUUUUCAUUUUGGAGCUCAUUCCAA